AUGUACAUCCAAACAAGAAAGAGGAUAUUGAACUUUCCCUUCUCUUCUCCUCUCUCCAAUUCCUUUGUUUUGUUUUCCCUGCAUUUCCCUCUCAACUUAAAUUGCCAAACAAACUGGAAAAGAGAAAAGCUCAUUCAUGAAGUUCUAAAUUCCGGGGUAUCUACCUCAUUGAUCCCUCCACAUGGAGGAGAUUAUGAAGGUGGAGAUGAACAGUGGAAAGUGCAUGACUAUGAAGUGUUCUUGAGUUUUAGAGGAAAAGACACUCACAAAGGUUUCACUGAUCAUCUUUAUGCUAGUCUUGUCAACGCAGGAAUUCACGUAUUUAGAGAUGAUAAUGAGCUCCAUGUUGGUGAGGUGAUUGGUUCGGAGCUUCUUAGAAGUACUACAAAUUCUAAGAUUUCGAUCCCAAUUAUCUCGGAGAAUUACGCUUUUAGCAAAUGGUGCCUUUGCGAGUUAGCUCAGAUAUUGAAGUACAGGAGAAGUGGAGGACAAAUAGUGUUGCCAGUAUUUUACAAAGUAAAACCUUCACACCUACGACAUCUUACAGGGAGAUUGGGAGAUGCUAUCAAUGCACAUAAGAAGGAUUCAGAUGAUACGGUUGUGAAAGAAUGGGAAGAAGCACUCAAAGAAGUCAGCAACUUGAAAGGAUGGGAAUCAGAGAAAAUUGACAAUGGGCACGAAGGAGCUUUGGUCAAAAGUGUUGUCACGAAAGUUAUGAGCGAAUUAAAAACACUUUUCCUCCUAAAUGUUCCAGAACAGUUAGUUGGAAUUGAUGAUCAUGUGGAACAAAUUAUGAGCUCAAUAGAUGGUGAAUUCAAUGAUACAAGGAUUAUUGGAAUCUAUGGAAUGGGUGGCAUUGAAAAUCAGAAGGAGCCUGAAAAGCGUAGUAGAUUAUGGAAUCAUGAGGAAGUUGUAGAUGUGCUCGAUAACAACAAGGGCAGUAGUAAGAUUGAGGCCCUUCGUCUUGGCAAAUAUGACAGGCAAAAAAGCUAUAGAGCUGAACAAUUUAAAGAACUGACAAACUUGAGGUUCCUUCAUGUGAACGGUGCAAAUUUCACCGGAGAUUUCCAAAACUUGCUUCCUCAAUUAAGAUGGUUUCACUGGGAAGGUUGUCGCUUGGAUUUCAAAAUAGCCAACUUACAUCCAAAGAAAUUAGUCAUGCUCAAUCUGUCGGGGAGUGGGAUUUCGGAGGAAUGGGGAGGAUGGGAUUCCCUAAAGAUGGCAACUAAGCUCAGAGUUCUAAACCUCUCGUAUUGUCAAUCUUUGAGAAGAACUCCCGAGUUGUCUACUUUCGAAAAUUUGGAGAAUCUGAUUCUUGAACAUUGUGAGUAUUUGAAAGAGAUUCAUCCUUCUAUUGGGGACAUCAAGACCCUCGUCUCUUUGGAUGUCAGGAAAUGUUAUAGACUGAAGGGGCUACCGGCGGGAGUAGGUAGAAUGAAAGAAUUGAGGGAGCUUCUCUUAGAUCAUGCUUGGCUUAUACAAGAUAUUCCUAUUUCGAGGGGUUGUUUGAUGAAGCUGGAGACUCUAAGUGCCUCAUUUUGUAGACGACUUGUUCAACUUCCAGAAUCCAUGGGUUCCCUUGUGUCUUUAACUGAAUUAAACCUAUCUCAUUCAAGGAGCAAAGAUUUGCUUGAAUCCAUGGACUCUCUUGUGUCAUUGACUCAGUUGGACCUAUCUUGUUCAAGGAUUAUUGAAUUACCUAAAUUGAUGAGCUCCCUUGUGUCAUUAACUGAGUUGAACUUAUGUGUGACACAAAUCACAGAAUUACCAAAUUUCAUUGGUUCUUUGAAGGAGCUUGAGACUCUUAAUGUCUCUUGCUGUGCAUUGCUAGCCCGCAUACCCAGCUCCAUAGGCCAACUAGCAUCUCUUCAAUACUUGUCAUUACAGGAAUGUCGAUUGUUGAGAGAAAUUCCCGAUUCUAUCGGAAAGUUGGCUUCAUUGACUAAGAUAAAUUUACAUUGGACAGCAAUUGAAGAAUUGCCAGAAUCCAUUGGUUCUUUAAAGAAGGGAUGCUGCUCAUUGAGAGAAAUUCCCGAUUCAAUCGGAAAGUUAGCAUCAUUGACGGAGCUGCAUUUAAAAUGGACAACAAUUGAAGCAUUACCUGAAUCAAUUGGUUCUCUAAAGGAGCUCAAGACUCUUAAUGUCUCUUGGUGUAAAUCAUUAACCCACAUACUCGGCUCUAUAGGUGACCAAGUAUCUUUGAAGCACUUGUUAUUACAUGGAUGCCACUUAUUAAAAGAAAUACCAAAUUCGAUCGGAAAAUUGGCAUCAUUGACUAAGUUAGACCUAUCUGAGACAUGGAUUGAAAUAUUACCAGAAUCCAUUGGUUCUCUGAAGGAACUUGAGACUCUUGAUGCCUCCAAUUGUGUAUUGUUGGCCCACAUUCCUAGCUCCAUAGGCCAUCUAUCAUCUCUGUCUCUCCUUGAUCUGAGGAAAUGCCAUAAGCUCACUCAACUUCCAGAAUCCAUGGGCUCCCUUAUGUCGUUAACUCGGUUGUAUCUAUCUUGGACAGGAAUUGAAGAAUUACCAAAAUCCAUUGAUUCUUUGAAGAAGCUCAAGAUUCUUGAUACCUCUAAUUGUGCAUCAUUAACUUGCAUAUCCAGUUCCAUAGGCCAUCCGGCAUCUUUAUAG